CACACCUAGGUGUUCCCUAACAUCAACAAGCUAGUUAACAAAACAAGCCUUAACCAUGUCUUCCUAUGGCAAACUCGAUGAAGCAGAACAAGCCAUGCUCGUGGUUCGCCGCAGAACCCGAAAGCGAGUCACCAUCAUAAGCCUGUCCACAAUACUCCUCAUCGGUGUUGUGUGUGGUGCUGUGUUUGGAACCGUUGCUCAUAGAAAUGACAAUGAUGACAAUGACAAUAGCUCAAACGGUAACAACAAUGCUCAAUCGCUUGCAAGUUCGGUGAAGGCGGUUUGUGAUGUGACAUUGUACAAGGAUGCAUGUUACAACACCCUUGGUCCUCUUGUGCGGUCAGGUAAGGUUCAACCUGGGGAGCUGUUCAUGUUGUCCAUCAAUGUGGCCUUAACUGAGGUUUCUAGGGCUGCUAAGGGUUUCUCUGAGCAGGGUGGUUUUGAGGGGUUGAAUGUUGAUAACAGGACUAAGGAGGCUUUGAAGAAUUGCAAGGAGCUUCUGGGUUUAGCGGUUGAUCAUCUGAAUAGCUCUUUGUCUUCUGGGGGGAAGUCUUCACUGCUUGAUGUUUUGGAGGAUCUUAAAACUUGGUUGAGUGCUGCAGGUACUUACCAGCAGACUUGCAUUGAUGGCUUUGGUGAAGCCUCAUUGCAAACCAGUGAUGUGAGCAAUCUCAAAAAUUCAACAGAGCUCACCAGUAACAGCCUUGCCAUCAUCAAUUGGCUUAACAAGGCCGCAAGCGCAGUGAACUUGAGGCGGCGCUUGAUGAGUUUCCCCAAUCACCACGAUGAACAACCAAAGUGGCUUCAAUCUAAAGACCGGAAGCUGCUUCAAGCAGAUGAUUUAAAGAAGAAAGCUGACAUUGUUGUGGCCAAAGAUGGGAGUGGAAAAUACAAAACAAUUUCUGCAGCACUCAAACAUGUCCCUGAAAAGAGUGACAAUAGGACUGUAAUCUACGUGAAGAAGGGGAUUUAUUAUGAAAAUGUCAGGGUGGAGAAGACUAAAUGGAAUGUCAUGAUCAUUGGUGAUGGUAUGAAUGCUACAGUUGUAUCUGCAAGCCUUAACUUUGUGGAUGGCACCCCAACAUUUUCAUCUGCAACAUUUGCUGUGUUUGGGAAGAAUUUCAUUGCAAGGGACAUGGGCUUUCGGAACACAGCUGGUGCAGCGAAGCACCAAGCAGUGGCACUAAUGACAAGUGCUGAUUUAGCAGUUUUCUAUAGAUGUCAAAUUGAUGCAUAUCAGGACACUCUUUAUGUUCAUUCCAAUCGCCAAUUCUACAGGGAAUGCAACAUCUACGGAACAGUUGACUUCAUUUUUGGCAACUCUGCAGCUGUCUUACAAAACUGCAACAUUUUGCCAAAGCUCCCAAUGCAGGGUCAGCAGAACACAAUCACAGCGCAGGGAAAAACUGACCCUAACAUGAACACAGGGAUUUCAAUUCAGAAUUGCAGCAUUUCGCCAUUUGGGAACUUGAGUUAUGUCCAAACAUACCUGGGAAGACCCUGGAAGAAUUACUCAACCACUGUAGUUAUGCAAUCCACGUUGGGCAGCUUCAUUAGUCCAAAUGGAUGGUUACCAUGGGUGGGGAACUCAGCACCAGACACCAUAUUCUAUGCUGAAUAUCAGAAUGUUGGACAAGGUGCUUCAACAAAGAAUAGGGUUAAAUGGAAGGGUUUGAAAACCAUUACCAGUAAACAAGCUAGCAAGUUUACAGUCAAGUCCUUUCUUUCAGGGGAUAAAUGGAUCCCAUCUUCUGGUACCCCCUUUAAGUCUUCUAUGUGACAGCUUGGAUACAUUUAUACACAACAUAUGAUGCAGUUAAGCCUUACUUUGUCAAAUUUGUCUGUAAUGUUGUUUUCUCCUUUCCCAUGAUAUUCUUGUUUUUAGUAAUUUUGUCACCAUAUUGAUUGAUUAGUUUGAGGCUUCUCCUGAAACUCUUUUAACCUGCUAGAGACAUUUCUGUACCCACUUUCAUAUUAUGUUAUGUUUGCACCAAGGCAUAAGGUAGGUUCCUUUUUGCAAAGUGGAUCAUUGAUCUUAUACAUUGUAUAAGGCAGGCUUUGUUUU